AGAGGAAGUUGCUUGGAAAGAAGCUGCUGAGCGCUCUCUGCUCAGGGCCGGUAGUGUUGUGGUUAGUGAGUUUGGUAUCAGAGCCAGAGGUAUUAAUAUUUGGUCAGUUUCUCCUAGCAGAGGGAUAGGAUGGCAGAGUACAGCCAGGCAGGGAUUCUGACCGCCCUGUUGCUGUUUACGGCGUUCACCCUGCGGGAUGUUUACCUAGGAAAGAACAGUGCUCAGCAACAACACCAGGCCACGAACAGCCUUGAUAUGGAGCCUGACGAUUUGCGGGAGACGGAGCCCCACAAACUGGCCAAGCAGACGUUCUACACCGGCCCAGUCCUCAAGUUUCAGUACUGUAUAUCCUGAGGAUAUAGCAGGGUGUUCGAGGAUUACGCUCGGGCAGUCAGCCAGGUGUACCCGGACAUGCGUAUCGAAGGAGAGAACUACUUUCCAAAGCCCACCUAUAGAUAUAUUGCUUCAUUCAUUUCAUACUUUAAAUUCCUACUAAUUGCACUGGUUGCUAGUGGAUACAAUAUUUUCCCUAUGCUUGGAAUGGACCCCCCAAGGAUAUGGACAUGGAGCCAAGAGAAUAAGAUUAGUUCUUGUCUCAUGGUAUUUUUCCUCAGCAACAUGAUUGAGACACAAUGCUUAUCAACUGGUGCAUUUGAAAUCACUUUAAAUGAUGUUCCAAUCUGGUCGAAGUUGCAAUCUGGUUAUGUGCCUAACAUUCAAGAGAUUUUCCAUAUCCUUGAUAAUCACCUGAAGAUGAAUCAAAUAGGCAAGACUUCCUUUUCGACUUCGUAGCAGAACCUAUCAAGCAGACAGAUUAGCUGCUGGAGCAGGUUUUUCCCAGUGUUGGUGGUUUGUUCUGUGGGUUAAUGAAGGCUUGCACUGAAAACAGCUCGCUGUGUGUGCAAGCCGGACCUCCUUCCAUGUGACACACUGCAGACACUCGAGGAAGCUGUCCUCUGUGGCAGAGCAACAAGCCCCAUGAACUGUGGCUUUAGGAUCUAUCCUAUUUUAAUUUAAGUGAUUAAAAAAGUUAAUAAAGUAUAUUUCAAUGUCAUUUUAUGUACUGUAGGUUUUCUUUGGUUGGGCAACACAUAAUUGAUUCUUCCUCUUUCAGCUUAAUGUAAUGGAUUCUGUCUGGCCUGGAUACAUUUGUAGAAUGUGUUGUGUACUUUCUUUAACAUAAUUAGAAAAUGUAAGUUUUUGUGGCAGAGGCUGUUCAUUAUUUGAUUGUCAAGCUAAUACUAUUGAGAAAAGGUUUUGCUGUAAACUUCGAUGUAUGGGCUCUGCAGGACCUUCCAGGAUGAGAACAGAAAUGUAAAACUGCACGCAUCCAAAUUAACUGCACCCUCGAUAUAUGGAUUUUUCCUGCUUGCAUAAGUUGCCUGUCUUCUGCUGCAGUUUCGUUGACAUUUUCUCUCAACUAUUUUAAAUAUUUGUUAGUUUUUUAACCCAUCCCAAGCUCCCAAUCAGAGCUUUUCUGUAAUCAAUCUUUAUAUAGCGCCUUUCAUAGUGGACUACCAUCAGUGUUUUACAAGAUACAGUAUAAAAAAUUCCAUAAUACCUUACUGCUUGUGCUGUAUGUUUACAAGGUGUUUAUAUAUUCCCAUAACAAACCUCAAUAUGAUGAGUUGCCAUGCAUAGUUUUGGAGCACUGUUUUCUGUUUUUAAACUGUAUAAAAGACACUCUAACAAGUGAUUAGUUCCGAACUAGCAACUGAAAAAGAAACAGUUAAGAAAACCAUAUGAUAGGUAAGCAUCAAAGAAUAUUGAACAUGAAACACAAUUAAAACUUUUGAACCACAAAAUAGCUUUUGGAUGUUUUACAUGUUAGUAUGGAGAUCAUGCAGUGAUGUGGGAUACUUCACACCAUUUCAAUUGCUAUAUUGUAACCCAUUACUUGCUGUAUCAACUACAGGCACAGUUCAGUAGGUUUCCUGUAUAAUACAAUGCCAACUCCAUAGAAUUUUUUUUGUUUUUUUCCAUACCCCAAUGUUCUUGCUGUAAGGUAUGUGUUUAGCAUUAUUUAACGUUGUUAUUGGACAUGCCUGCAGCUUUUCUGUUUCUGUAGCCACUAUUCAUUUACAAUACACAGGACUCGCCCUGUUUUUAAAUCAAUUUAAUACUGCUUUUUUCAAAUGUAUGAAUGUUUCUCUGCAGUGCAAAAGAGCGUAAGUAAUAUUCAGCCUGUGAGGCAUGUAAUCCUGAUAGCCUUGCUUCCCACCAUGGUUUCGCUUAUGUGAGAAAAUCAAUUAAAGGAUUUAGCUGUUGGUUCAAUAUUUCACCCCCCACUGUUUUCCUGUGUCAGUGACAGCACCUCUUAAAAAAACAAAACAAGCACUCUAAAGUUAUGUGAUUUUAUGUUAAUUUAUUUCUAAUAAAGAAUGAACUCAUAAGGACAAAAA